AUGGUGCUCCUGUUAUCCAGAGGUGUUGGGCUCCUUGCAAAGUCCUUGGUCGGGUUCAGCUGUACACAGACUGCAAGGUGUCAGCCACAGGGUUACAGAUGUAGCAGCCUCACCGGAGCAGUUUCAGCCUUGCAACAUUCAGCAUCAAGGUGGUUCUCAAGAAACGAACACCAAGAUGAGUUUAAGAAACUUCCAAGUCGAGAUGAUUACCCAAAACGUCCUCUGACAUCUUUUUUUCGUUUUAUUGCUCAUCAGCGACCAAAUGUCCUGAAAAAGUAUCCCGAUAUAAGGAUAUUUGAAGUCUCUAAAAUUCUUGCACUGGAAUGGAAAGAACUUUCAGAAUCUGCCAAAAAGCCAUACAUAGAUGCUUCAAAUGCUGAUUAUUUGAAUUACAAAGAUGAAAUGAGAAAAUUCAGAGCAAAGCUGAGUCCUGUUGAAAUGGAACUAAUAAAAUGUCAAAGAAAACAAAAGCUGGUAAAGAGAAUACACACCAAGCGGAGAAGGGAGUUGUCACUACUGGGAAAACCCAAAGGAAAUCGUAAUGCGUUUAACAUUUUCAUGUCGGAAAACUUUGUGGAUAACAAAAGCGCUUCAUUAUCGGACAGAUUGAUCAGUCUGCAUGAUAAGUGGAAAAAUAUGAACAGCCCACAGAAACAGAUGUAUAUUCAGUUAGCUGAAGAUGACAAGAUCAGGUAUGAAAAUGAAAUGAAGUCUUGGGAAGAGCAGAUGCUGGAAAUCGGUAGAGAAGAUCUCAUUCGGUUAAAAGUAAAGAAGCGUCUUGGAAUUCAUAAAGCUGCGGUGAUGCACAAAGCAUCUACCAGUAGGAAGUUGCCUAAGGUGGUCAAAAAGUCGUCUGAAGAGACCCCAGGAAGCAUAAGAGUCCAUUCUGAGAGGAGGCCUGAAGAGUAAUGCAUUGGUGGGACUUUACAGUACUUACAUGCCAUGUACCCUGCCUUCUAGGCUCUGAUUGUCACGUGUCGCUGUCUGUGUGCACAGUGGCUGGUUCACCACAAGGUGGCGUAAUAUCACUGUGCAACUACAGGAACAGUGAGUGAAUGUGUGGACAGCUCUACCACCAUUAUCAGUGGUAUUUUAAUGUUGAUUGAGAGAAAACUGAAAUUGUUAUUUCAAACUCUUGUCAGUCAAACGACAACAAGUUGCAGACAUGUCAAUGACUCCCUCCAUUUCAACAAUUUUGUUGGUAAUUAAAUUAUGUAUAUACACCUUCACGUUUGUCACCUGCAUUGUUACCACAGUAGAACCAGUCUGACCAGUUUUCAUCCUUGGAGUAGAAUUAAUGUUUUCUAAAUCUUGAAACUGUCCAAGAAUUGUGUGAUUUGCUAAGGAAUGUUAAAUUUUGAAACGGUGUAGCAUAUCCUGCUUUGUUUUAACAAAAAAAAGAAAAUCUUUUGUUAUCAAUGUAUGCUACAAAGCAUUGUUAUUAAACACUUAUUUUUUUCA